UGGGAUCUGGUGUUAACCGAACCAGGGCCCAAUAGUCUAUCGCAUCGGGAACGGGAAUCGGAACCGUCGAAGGAACGAUACACACCAACUACUGUGGUGGCUCCUGGUUGGGUCAGUCAGAGCGUCAGAGUGAUUUUGUUCUGUGUACUGAACCGCAAGAUAUGCGUAUCCGUAUUAUAUUCCGGACUCUACACGGACCUCUAUAUGGUUUAUUAUGACCCGAUUCGUUUAGCAGCCCUACUUGCCGCCAAUUAACCAAAAUCAACUCUUCUCUCUCCUCUCCCAACACUCCACUCUCCCUUCUCUCUCUUCUGUAUUAGUGUUUCAGUACUUCUGCAACACUUUUUUUUUUUGCCAAAAAAACCUGUGGAACCUGGUUUCUUAACUAGGAGGCGUAGAGAUACGAUUUCAUCGCGUUUGCUUGAAUCUUUCCUAGCAUGGAUUUUAAUGCGCCGGUUUGUAGGAGGACUCGUCGCCAAUGCGAUUUGAGGUUGGAACGGUUGUAUGCAGAGUCCAAAGGUAUCGAACCAUCUCCGUCGGUUCCGGUUCCGGUUCCGGUAAAGGAGUUGAGUAGUAGUGCUGAUUCUGAUUCUAGCGAGGAGAGUGAAGGAACUGACUCUGACUCUGGCCAUGUUGUUCAUCGUAAAGGUAAGAGAAAGAGGGUUGUUGAUGAUGAUUCGACUGAAGUAAUUGUCUUGGAUGACAGUGAUGAUGGCGGAGAAGAAGAAAUUGGUUCUGCAUCUGCAUCUGUGAAUGUUGGGUUUACAGAGAGGAAUGAGUAUUUGGGUGAGGAUGCGGAUGAUAAUGGUAGUCGGACCGAGGAGAUUCGGAUACGAGGAGGUGGGGGACGUGGAAAGGUCAGUAAAAAGGCAGAUGUUGAUGAUGAUAUUUGGAUUGAGGAGGUUCGAAUAGGAGGAUGCGGGGGACGUGGAAAGGGUGUUAGGAAGGCUAAUGUUGAUGAGGUUGCAAACAAGACUACUGAUGCAGGGGUUGAGAGUGAGAGUGAGAGUGGCAUCAGUGAGAGGGAUUGCGAUGAUGAUUAUUGGGUUUCAGCGGAUGAUGGUAAAGACAUUGAAUUGGGUUUGAGUUCAUCUCAGGAUACUAGUGAUGAUGAUUUUGAGAGAGGUGUUACGUUAUCUGGCGUUACCAUUGGAGAAUCUGAGAAGAAGAGGAAGAAGGAAGUUGAAGAGAAGCAUGGGAGUAGGAAAAGCAAGAACUGGCCUACGGAGGAGCUGGGAAGAAAGGGAAGGAAAGGGGAAGGGAAAGGCAGAGCUGCUUUCUCUAAGAAUCUUGACAUUUAUCGACUUCUUGCUAACUCAAUUUGGGAGAAAGACAAACCCUUGGAAGGUGAGGAGGAAGAUGGUGAUAUUACAUUGGAGGAGAGCCAUGAUCAAACAAGAGAAAAUCCUCAUAAGGUGCCUCUUCCUUUGAAGUUUACCUUUGGUAUUGAGGAGCCAGAACCAAUGGUGAAAUCUGAAGAAGAGAUAGAGCUGGAAAACUUGUGGGCCGAGAUGGACUUUGCCUCCAAAUGUGAGGAAGUUGGCUCCAACAAUUUUGCGGAGGUUGAGGAUGAAAAUGCAAAUAGAUCAGGCGAAGCCAAUAGUGACAGUCUUUGUUCUCAAGGCAUGCAUAAAUUUGUCCUUGAUGAGGAGAUUGGGAUUUAUUGCACCUUUUGUCACUAUGUUAAGGAUGAAAUCAGACACAUUUUUCCUCCUGUGGAAAAGCUUCCCACUGAAGUUUCUAGCAAGAAAAUUUCAUCCAACGGUGGAAAUAUUUCAUUUGAUGUACUUCAAGGUGAUUUUGGUGACCCCUGCAAUGAUAUUACUGAUGGCACAGUUUGGAGCAUCAUUCCUGGAACUAGGCAAACCAUGUAUCCACACCAACAAGAAGGCUUUGAGUUUGUAUGGAGGAAUUUGGCUGGAACCACGGAUCUGGAAAAGUUGAAAAACAAUGAUUCAAAUGGUGGUGGCGGUGGCUGCAUUAUUUCACAUGCCCCUGGAACUGGGAAGACCAGGCUAACCUUAGUAUUUCUUCAGUCAUACCUGAAACUUUUUCCAAAUUGCCGGCCUGUCAUUUUUGCUCCUGCCAGCUUGCUUCUUACUUGGGAGGAAGAGUUCCAAAAAUGGGAUGUUGGAAUUCCUUUUCAUAACAUAAACAAUCGAGAACUCUCGGGAAAGGAAGAUACAAUGGCUGUGAGCAUUCUGGAGCGUGCUAGGUGCCAAAACCAAUUUAAUCCAAUUCGUAUGGUGAAGCUGUACUCCUGGAGCAAGAAAGAAAGUAUACUAGGGAUCAGCUACAGUUUGUUUAUGACACUUGUUGGAGAUAAAGGAACUGUAGGGAUUAAAAAUGAAAGGCUCCUUAAAGAAGCUGAAGAGAUGAAGAAGAUUCUUCUUGAGUUGCCUGGCUUGCUGGUUCUUGAUGAGGGACAUACACCCCGGAAUAAGAGAAGCAGAAUUUGGAAUGCCCUUACAAAGCUUAAAACUGAGAAGCGGAUCAUACUUUCUGGCACGCCUUUCCAAAAUAACUUCCAUGAGCUCUAUAACACAUUAAAGAUAGUAAGACCUGCCUUUGAAGAGAAAAUUCCAUUAAGGCUGAAGCAAUUUGGCAAGUAUUACUAUAAUUCAAGAAAGAAGUUGAGACUAGAUGAGGCAAAUGAGAAGAAGUUGGACGCUGGCAGCUCAGUUCCGGAUGAUGCUAUUGAAGAGUUUAGAUGUCUAAUGUCUCCAUUUGUUCAUGUCCACAAAGGCAACAUUCUAUUGAGGAGUGUUCCUGGAUUGAAAGACUGUGUGGUGGUUUUAACAGCUGCUAAUGUACAGAAGAAACUUCUAGAGAUCAUUGAACAUACACAGAGUCCAAAUGUCCUUGAUUUUGAACACAAGUUAUCUAUGGUCUCUGUCCACCCAACCCUGCUUUUGGACUGUGCUUUGUCUGAGAAAGAGGAAGCACUCAUUGAGGAAUCAUCUGUUGGUCGCGGUGUUCUUGAAAAGCUAAGGUAUAAUCACAGUGAAGGGGUCAAAAUGAGAUUCCUUAUAGAGUUUGUCCGUCUCAUGCAAGCAACUAAAGAGAAAGUUCUGGUUUUCAGUCAGUUUAUUCCUCCAUUAGAUUUGAUAAUGGAGCAGCUUGCUUCAAUGUUCAAUUGGUCGAAAGGGAAGGAAGUUCUCCAUAUGCAUGGAAAACUAGAUCACAAGGAGCGGCAAGCGACCAUACAUGUUUUCAACGACCCUGAUAGCGAAGCUAAGGUUCUGUUAGCAUCAACCAAGGCUUGCUCCGAGGGUAUAAGUCUUAUUGGGGCGUCAAGGGUUAUCCUGCUAGAUGUUGUUUGGAACCCAUCAGUUGAAAGGCAAGCCAUAAGUCGGGCUUAUAGACUUGGCCAGAAGAGACUUGUGUUCACUUAUCAUCUUAUAGUAGCAGGGACCGCUGAGUGGAAGAAGUACCGCAAACAGACAGAGAAGGAGCGGAUAUCUGAAUUGGUUUUUACCUCUACGACCAAGGAAGAUGGUAAGCAAACACAGGAUAAUUUAUCUUCUGAAGAUCAAGUCUUGGAUGAGCUGGUUCAGCAUGACAAGCUCAAAGAUGUUUUCAAGAAGAUAAUUUACCAGCCCAAGGAAGCAAGCUUACUGGAUAGCUUUUCUUGAAUGGAGUUCAACAAUUUUGGCAGGCUCUGAAUUGCUGGCAAUUGCAGGGGGCUUACUGGCAUGGAUUAGUUACUGGGUAGCAACAGAUAGGUUUCUUUACAUCUCUUUUGGAUAGGUUGCUUGACAUCUCUUUUUGUGGAUGGUACAUAUUGAAUAUUAGUGCGAGACUAGU